AUGCCAGCAAAAGCACCUAUAUAUCUGAAACCCGCCAACAGUAAAAGGGGGAAAAAAUGUCGCCUGCGCGAUAUUUUGUCACCAGACAUGAUAAGUCCGCCACUUGGCGAUUUUCGACACACCAUUCACAUUGGCAGAGGUGGACAGAGGGAUGCCUUUGGAGACAUGUCCUUCCUCCAAGGGAAGUAUGAGCUAUUACCCGGGAAGGGAGAUUUCCAACCUCAGUAUGGUAUCCAAAGUGAGUUUCUGCGAGCCAAUAGUACAGGCGAUGCGUCUUUUGUGGAGACCCCAUCUCCUGUUCUCAAGAAUGCCAUCUCCCUUCCUACCAUUGGUGGCUGUCAAGCACUGACCCUACCACUGAUCACCUCUACUGUAUUCUCCAUGCCCCCAGAGCCCCUGGGGCACAUAAUGGGGCCUAUUUCCUCAGUGAGGCCUGACAGUAUUGAGGAUGUAGAGAUCCUACAGAUGGAUGCUUUGUUGCACUCAAUGGAAAACUUCAGCAACAAGGCCUUACCUCCCCCUAGAAACAUCCAGUCUAAACCUGAUGUUGUUCUGGAUCUCCUGGAGAAUAUGAGAAAGUCCAACUCUAAAGUUAUUAAGGCUAACAUAGCAAACAAAAACGAGAGCAGGGUUGAGAAGCAAUCUCAUUAUUACAUCAACGGUCAUAGUAGCAGUAGCUACAAAGCUAAUGGAAGCCUUCACAGCAAUACAAGUGGCGACAGCUUUGAAAGUUAUGCAAAAGAUGACUACAAGGCCAAAAUUCACGAUGAUGGCAGUAGUAUCGUUGACAAGAAGAGCGGUUUAGGACAUUUUUGCAACGACAUUAAUCUGGAAUUCAAGCAGGAGCGCUCCAAGUGCAAGGGUGAAUGGGUGGACAGAGACAGUGGGGUGGAGGAGGGCCGCAUCUGUGAUUUUGACAUUGAGUUUUCCAAAGAGAAGUGCACAUCACACGAGUCCCUCACCCGAAUCACAGGGUCACUGCUCUCCCUUGAACUUGAUCUGGGCCCAUCCAUCCUGGAUGAUGUGCUUAACAUAAUGGAUAAACCCGCAGUGAAAAGCAGGCCUUGA